UUCAUAAAAGCCCAUCGCACCUAGAAGUUCCUCCUCCUCCCCCCUCUCUCCCAACUCGAUCCGAAGAAGCUAGGCAAGGAAACAGAAUAGGAGGAUCUGAAAGGAUUUUAUUGGGUGAUGGCCUCCAAGCGGAUUUUGAAGGAGCUCAAGGAUCUCCAGAAGGAUCCUCCUACUUCUUGCAGCGCAGGCCCAGUGGCUGAAGACAUGUUUCAUUGGCAAGCUACAAUUAUGGGUCCUCCUGACAGUCCAUAUGCUGGCGGAGUAUUUCUUGUCACCAUCCAUUUUCCUCCAGAUUAUCCGUUCAAACCACCGAAGGUUGCAUUCAGGACCAAGGUCUUUCACCCCAAUAUCAAUAGCAACGGGAGCAUCUGCCUUGACAUACUGAAGGAGCAAUGGAGCCCCGCCCUAACAAUUUCAAAGGUUUUGCUCUCAAUCUGCUCCCUCUUGACAGACCCUAAUCCUGAUGAUCCUCUGGUGCCUGAGAUUGCUCACAUGUACAAGACUGACAAGGGCAAGUAUGAAUCAACGGCUAGAAGCUGGACCCAGAAGUAUGCCAUGGGCUAGUUCUUUGUAAUUGUGAUGGGAGGGCCUGGCCUUUUUAAUAUAUAAUGUGUCAGUAUAAUCGAAAAAUGUGUGAUACAUCUACUCUUAAGUCGGACGUAGAAGCAACCUGUUCUUCCCUCUGAAGAGAAACUGUGAACUUGUUUGUAUUAGCUUAUUGCAUUUGCCUUUCAGUAAGGGGUCUCCUUAGACUUA